UAAUUUGUUUCCUUUUUUUCUCACAGAGCAGACUGCGAUCUCUCUCUCCCCUUUUCUCGACCCGGAGUCGGAGAUAUCGUGCUCGUGACAGGAAACCCGAACAAUCGCAGAAUGUAACGUGUUCCUGUUCUUCUUCUGUUUUCGGAACAUCGGAUUCUUCGAAUUCGCUCCUCUUUUGUGGGCUUAUCUGAUUUCUCACUGUAUUUCUACCGAAUCUUGAAACCGCGAAUCGAGUUCUAUUUCCCCAGUCAUUCCUUAUCUUCUGCAGAGUGGUGCGUUAGUCCUUUGCAGAUCUUGAUGUCUCUCAGCUAAACCCUAGUUCGUUCCCGGUGUAGGUAAUAUGGAGUGGAUACACAAAGCUUCUCUUUGUAAGGCAACUUCAAAUCUGACAGAUGUGGCUCAGGAUAACAUCCCUUUUGACCAGCAGGAGAGACUCGCUGGUCAUGCUUCUCUGAACAAUGUAGAUAUUGAUCUUAGAGAAGUCUACUUCCUGAUUUUGCAUUUUCUUUCUACCGGGCCCUGCAAACGAACCUUAGGUCACUUGAGAGAUGAGCUUUUGGAAAACCAGCUUUUACCUCGUAGAUAUCAUUCUCGGUGCUCAAGAAGUGGCACUUAUAGCGGGCAUGCUGAUGAUGAUGGUAUUUCCCUCCCAUUAAGUUAUGGAAACUUGGAAGAGAGGUACCCUCAUAUCGAGAAGGAUCACUUGGUGAAGCUUCUCAAGCAACUCAUUCUAAAUUCUUCUUCUCCUCUGCACGAGAGAGUUGAAGGAAAUGCUCCAAAUGCUGCUGAUGUUCCAACGCUAUUGGGAUGUGGCUCUUUUUCACUUUUGGAUCAUGAUAAAAUUAUGGAAAAUCAACAAGCUAGGCGUGUUGCCUCAUACUUACGCUGGCCGCAUAUCCAAGCUGAUCAAGUACGUGGGUUAAGUCUAAGAGAAAUUGGAGGAGGUUUCACAAAACACCACCGUGCUCCAUCCAUCCGUUCAGCAUGUUAUGCUAUUGCUAGACCAUCAAUGAUUGUUCAAAAGAUGCAAAAUGUAAAGAAGCUGAGGGGCCAUCGUAAUGCUGUUUACUGUGCUAUAUUUGAUCGCGCUGGGAGGUAUGUUAUCACUGGUUCUGAUGACCGGCUCGUCAAAAUCUGGUCAAUGGAAACUGCGUUUUGUUUGGCUAGCUGUCGCGGCCACGAAGGUGACAUAACAGACUUGGCUGUGAGUUCGAACAGCGCUUUGGUGGCAUCUGCUUCAAAUGAUUUUGUGAUUCGAGUUUGGCGAUUGCCUGAUGGAAUGCCAAUUUCUGUGUUGCGGGGGCAUACUGGGGCUGUCACUGCUAUUGCCUUUAGUCCAAGACCUGCAUCGGUUUACCAACUUUUAUCGUCAUCAGAUGAUGGAACUUGUCGUAUAUGGGAUGCUAGGUACUCUCAAUGCAUUCCACGGAUAUAUAUACCAAACCGAUCAGAUGCUAUCACCGGUAAAAGCAAUUCUGCUCCAACUAAUGUGGCAUCAGCAAGCAUUGCAUCUCAAAGUCAUCAAAUUCUAUGUUGUGCCUACAAUGCCAAUGGGACUGUUUUCGUCACUGGGAGCUCUGACAGCAAUGCAAGGGUUUGGAGUGCCAUAAAACCUAAUGCAGAUGAGAGCGAACAACCGAUGCAUGAGCUGGAUGUUCUGUGCGGGCAUGAGAAUGAUGUCAACUAUGUUCAAUUUAGUGGAUGUGCUGUGGCUCCAAGAUCUUCAAUAUCUGACUCUCUGAAAGAAGACAGUUUUCCAAAAUUUAAGAAUUCUUGGUUUUGUCAUGACAACAUAGUCACCUGUUCUCGUGACGGUAGUGCAAUUAUAUGGACUCCAAGAUCACGUAAAUCUCACGGGAAAUCUGGACGCUGGUCGAAAGCAUAUCAUCUGAAGGUUCCACCACCUCCACUUCCUCCUCAACCUCCCCGAGGAGGCCCACGCCAAAGAUUUCUUCCAACACCUCGGGGUGUGAAUAUGAUCAUUUGGAGCUUGGACAAUCGUUUUGUACUCGCAGCCAUCAUGGAUUGCAGGAUAUGUGUUUGGAAUGCUGCUGAUGGUAGCUUGGUGCAUUGUUUAACUGGUCACACGGAAUCGUCUUAUGUCUUGGAUGUUCAUCCUUUUAAUCCUCGGAUAGCUAUGAGCGCUGGCUACGAUGGAAGAACAAUAAUCUGGGAUAUAUGGGAGGGUAUACCCAUCAAAAUAUAUGAAAUCGGGCGAUUCAAGUUGGUUGAUGGGAAGUUUUCACAAGAUGGGACAUCUAUAGUGCUCUCGGAUGAAGUUGGCCAGAUAUAUUUUCUAAACACGGGACAAGGAGAGUCUCAAAAGGAUGCCAAAUAUGACCAGUUUUUCCUUGGUGAUUAUCGUCCUCUUAUUCGGGAUACAAACGGAAAUGUUCUUGACCAGGAGAGUCAACUUGUUCCCCACCGAAGGAACCUUCAGGAUCCUCUUUGUGACUCAAGUAUGAUUCCUUAUCCGGAGCCAUACCAGACAAUGUAUCAGCAACGUAGACUUGGUGCCUUGGGCCUGGAAUGGCGUCCUCCUGUGAUAAAAUUUGCUGUUGGUCCUGACUUCAGUUUAGGCGAAGAUUAUAUUAUGCCUCCUUUGGCAGAUCUAGACAGAAUGAUAGAGCCGUUGCCCGAGUUUAUAGAUGCUAUGUACUGGGAACCAGAAAUUGAAGUUCUGAGUGAUGAUAAUGAUUCAGAAUACAAUGCUGAAGAAAUUUCUGCUGGUGGAGUUAGAGGAGGCUUGUGUUCCAGCUCUUCUGAUGAUCUUGAGUGCAGCUCCGAGGAUAGUGAUGCCGAACAUAUCCAUAGUGAUAGCAACCACCGGAAAAGAAGAACCAAACAUCUAAAAGUUGAGGCUGCUAGUUCAUCUGGAAGGCGCGCCAAUAAGAGGAUUUUGGAGGAGAGUGAUGGUUUGACAUCUAUGAAUAAGAGAACCAAGAGUGGAAGAAUUGGCCUUAAGGGUUCAAAGAGGAAAAUCUCUGAUGUAAAGGCAUUGAGGCCACAAAGAGCUGCAGCCCAGAAUGCUCGAUCCUUGCUUUCUAAAAUUUCUGGUAGCUCUUCAGAUGAAGUUGAUGAGGAUGACUUAAAUGAUUCAUCAAACAGUGAAUCCGUUCCUCGAAACCUACAGAUUCGAGGCUCUGAAUCUGAUAGAAGUUUUACUGCUGUGCACCAGGUGGCAAAUUCAUCUGAUAUGUUGGACCCUCAGUCAAAUGGCAUGCCGAAGAAAAAAUUAAUUCUAAAGAUCUCGGUUAAGAAGCCAGCGAGGACCGAGGAAAACAAACAGGAUGGUAUUAUUAGCCAGACUGCUUUUGAGCAACUGACUUUUCAAUCUUCUGAGGACAAUCGCAGAGUUAGUGCUAUAGAAAUCUAUUCCAAAGAACCAGGGUCAAAUUCUGUAGAUGCAAACGGUAACUCUCAGGAUAUGCCUGAUUUCAUGAAAUCUUGUCAGAGAGAAAAUGUUGAGAAUCAGUUGUACGAGUCUUUGGAUCUGGAGCAUAAUGUGACAAGGGGGAAAGAAGAAAUGCUUGUUUCUGAAUCCACUGAAACUGCUUGGGAGGAAAGCCGAAGCAAUUCUAAGAGGGAUGAAGAUGCACUGAGUGUUGAAGCGUUGUCUAAUCAGUUGAUUAAUGGGCCUGAUGGUACAGGUAAUGCCGAGGAAAGCAAUGAGAUUCUUCCAAAGAAGGUCCGGAAGUUGAGGUUAAAGCUUAAGCGGCCUAACAGUCCUUCGGCAGAUGAUUUCACAGAUCGCGGAUGUGGAUCUACAGAUGUAAAUCCGUCGUCCAUGAAUCAGAUUAUAGUCUCAGAAAUGUCCCAUGACCGGGAGGCUUCAGGUUCUGAACCAGUGAUCAGUGGAAACAUGUACAAUGUUUUGGAUUCUCCUGCACCAGAAUUUGAGUAUGGAGAAGCUGCAGUUGAUGCUAUACGUCGGAAAAGGUCAAUGAAAAUGAAGGCAACAUCAAGUGAAUCAAUUACGAGAAAUAACAUAUUACGAGUGAGGUUGGGUUCCGGAGCCAUGGAGAUGGUAAAGAAACAACACAAUUCUUACACAAGAGCAACUGACCGCGUGCCACUUGAAGAAUGGCCUUCAAGUUCAACCAGAUCACGAUCUGCAAGAAGCAGCAAGAACAGCUACAGCACCUGUAAGAAAAGUGUUAUUGCUGGGAGUGAGUUGAGUAAUGUGCCGAGAAAAUUAUCGUGGUUGAUGUUGUCAGAACAUGAGGAAGGCUUCCGUUAUAUACCUCAGCUCGGUGAUGAAGUUGUUUACUUCAAACAGGGUCACAAAGAGUUUCUAGUAUCCAGAGAUUCAACCGAUAGGGACCAUUCGAGGUUGCUUCCUCGAAACCUGGGAGCUGUUGAGAUUUGCAAGGUUGAGAAACUCGACUAUGACACCUAUCCUGGUUCUGGUGAGGGCUGCUGCAAAUUGACUCUCCGACUUCUGGGUCUUUUACCCCGAGUUUCCCGCCAAGAAAUCCAAUUGACCCUGCCCGAUCUUAUCGACUUCCCCGAUUUUAUUGUGGAGAAGGCUCGGUAUGAUGCUGCGAUAAGAAGAAACUGGGGAACCGGGGAUAGAUGCCUAGUGUGGUGGAGAAACGAAACUGGUGAGGGUGGUACAUGGUGGGAAGGUAGAAUUCAGUCUUCUCAGGCCAAAUCUGAUGAAUUUCCCGAUAGUCCGUGGGAAACAUACAAAGUGAACUAUGAAACUGGGGACACAAAUCUCCACAGUCCAUGGGAGUUUUACGAUCCCCAAUGUCCUUGGGAGAACUCUACUAUCGAUGAAGAAAUCAGAGACAAGCUACUUUCUCGAUUUGCUGGACUAGAGAAGUCGGCCAGCCGACACCAGGAUAAUUAUGGAAUACAAAAGCUGAAUGAAGCUGCCCAGAAGAUGGACUUCUGCAAUAGGUUCCCGGUUCCUUUAUACCCGGAACUGAUCCGGCAGAGGCUAGAGAACCGUUACUACAGAAGCAUUGAUGCCUUUAAGCAUGAUGUGGACGUAAUGCUCUCCAACGCUGAAUCCUACUUCUCCAGAAACACACAGCUGCUAUCCAAGACUAGACGUUUUCGAGAUUGGUUCACUCGAACGCUUGAUAAGGUUGUGGACAGCUGAUGGUAAGGUCACGCUUUGAGUUUUUCACUUUUUUUUUUUUUUUGCAUCAACUUGUUCUCUCCUAGGAAUACACACAGCUGAUCCAUGUAUAGUUGUGUUGUGUUCCUUUUUAGAUUAACGUUGUCUGUAUAACACCAAACUGAGGAUGAAUGUAAUCUUUGCUUCAAAAGGAUUCAAGUAUGUUA